AUGAAGCCCUCUCUCGCCCAUGGUCUCCAGAUUUUGGCCGUUUGUCUGGCGCUGAUCGGGCUUCUCGUCGGCUAUGAUCUCUUUUCCGGAAGGGCCUACCUCGGAGCCGCGUACACACCAUUUCGCCCUGUUCACUUUACCAACCCUCAUCGUAACGCCAGCCACGCCAUCCACGUUCCAACCUCAACCGUCAUCCUCCGGCCCACACGGACGCCGACGCCGACCCCGAAUCCCACACGGACCCCGACGCCGAUAUCACCCCCAGCCGGCAACGGCGAUGGCGCCGCCUCCACACUCCCGGAGGGCGACCCGGAGCACCUCAAGAACGCGUCCAAAUACAUCACCGCGAUCCUCGACGCCGACGACAACUCCCUGCCCCGUCUCGACUGCCCCCGCCCCGACAUCUCGCGCUACCAGUACCUCAAGCCCGCCUCCUCGUCCUCCUCCCUGAAGAAGCCUAAGUUCUUCAUCGCCCUCAACAUCCGCGAAAAGGCCGACCUCCUGCCGCGCCUCAUGGGCUCCGUCGUCGAGGCCAUCCGCUUCCUCGGCCCCGAGAACUGCGUGCUCUCCGUCGUCGAGGGGAACUCCCGCGACGGCACCUACGAAAUCCUCCACCUCCUCCGCCCGGAGCUCGAGAGUAUCGGCGUCGAGUACCACUUCUCCCGCAGCGACCUCGACCCCGGCGCCGGCGACCGCAUCGGCAAGCUCGCCGAGCUGCGCAACAUGGCCCUCGCCCCGCUCGUCUCGGACCCCGCCCGCUACGCCGCCGACGCCGUCGUGCUCUUCCUCAACGACGUCGCCAUCUGCCUCGAGGACAUCCUCGAGCUCGCUCACCAGCGCCUCUACCUCGGCGCCGACAUGACCUGCGGCUUCGACUGGACCUACGUCGGCCCGGACCCGACCUUUUACGACGUCUGGAUCAGCCGCACCCUCCAGGGCGACUCCUUCUUCGAGAUCCCCCCCGACGGCAACUGGAACUCGGCCUGGAACAUCUUCUGGAACGACGACACGUCCCGCCGCCGCUUCGCCGACCACAAGCCGCUGCAGGUCUUCUCGUGCUGGAACGGCGCCGUGGCCAUGACGGCGCGGCCCCUGCUGGAUCGCCUCGUGCGGUUCAGGGCGCCCGGCCCGGGCGAGUGUUUCCAGGGCGAGCCGCAGCUGUUCUGCAAGGACCUGUGGAACGCCGGCUUCGGCAGGAUCGCGGUGGUGCCGAGCGUCAACCUGGAAUACAGCGACGAGGCCGGGCGGAAGAUCAAGGCGGCCAAGGGCUACACCGGCCAGUGGGUCGGAGAUGAGGACAAGGACGAGACCUUCAAAGUAGACUGGAAGGCCGAUCCGCCCGAGAAGGUCAAGUGUAUGGCUAUUUAUGAUAAGCAGACGUGGGAGCCUUGGAACCAGGGUUUGGAGUAG